CUCUUCCCCAUAUUGUAUGGUGGGAAUGUUUGUAAAGUAAGGCGGUAUACUUGCGGUGUAAGCUUUGAAUCACUUUCCCUCCCAUCGAUCGAAUCCCUUUCCGCAGUAAACCCGUAUAAACUAUCAAAUCUUUUUGUUUUUAAUAAUCAGUCCUCUCGAUUUAACCAGACCCACCACAGUACAGAUGUCAACAUUGGUAAUGGCCACAAUGGGUAGGCAACAAAUUUGGCACUGUUCAACAUUGCAGCUGGGCAUAAAAAAACAGAAUUAAUGGCUGAUGUGGUGGGUUUUUGGUGAGUAUAAUAAGAAUGGCACGAAAAGUAUGGUCUUUGGGGCGACUGCGCUGUACACAGUAUAAUUAAUGAUGGCGUAUAAUGAUGCAAGUUGUUUUGGGGACCAGGCUUUAACUUUUCCUUUUUUAACUUUUCCAUGGACAUAAAUUUUGUGAUUACAGUUUACAUGGGCAUUUAACAUCCAUGGGUAUUGGAGAAGCGGAAUAGAAUGAAAAAAUGUCCAGUAUUGGGAAUCGUCCCCUGCACCUCUUGCUCCUGCUUCUGCUUUUAUCAUUCGGGCUAUAAUGAUGCGGGAAUGUUGUGUUACGGCUCAGGCUCAGGCGCAUUCUACAGGGUUUUUGACGAAGAAUGAAUUGGCCGGUGGGGUUUUGAACCCGCGACCAGCGUAAGGGUGAUUGGAAGUCUACGUACGUUUGGAGCGUGUGGAAAUGGAAAUGGCCAGAAAUGCGAGAGUACUGUUCUGGAUUUGACGGUUUUUUGGAAUGUCGAUGCAUGUUCCAAUCUAAACUCCGUGACAUUUAGUAUGGCUGAGAGCAUUUCUGGCAGGCUCUGGAACUGAAAUUUGUAUUUCCUUUUGGGGCUAGAAGAAGCUGCAUGUCUGUAAUGGGAUUUGGAUGAGAACAGCUACGUACAUGGACCGGAAACAAUUGUCAGGUGGAUCAAAAGCAGAAAAUUUAAGUGAAAUCCAAGCAAUGAAAGCCCAAGGUAGCUGUUUCAAUGUAAGAUGAUUCUGAGAGCAGAAUAUUUCAGAUAUGUGGAAAGAGGUCUGAAUGUUUAAUAGCAAAGUUGAGGCUGCUUCUGAAGGUUUGAUAUUUGAAGGAGCAGGAGUGGCAGAAUAAUAGGGGGCUUUUAAAGGUUGUGUGUUUAUGGUGAGGUUUAUGGAAGGCUGCCCUGGUGUCUCAUGGAAGACGGUUCGAUUCCCAGGAAGUAAACCGAUGCUGCAUUUUAGCAAUUCCUUUUAUGGAGUAGCACUGCGAUUGUUGCUCCUGCAUGCCGUAAUCUUUUGUAGAGUGGGUGGCUUCGAUUCAGACGACAGGCAGGCGCUAUUGAGCUUGAGAGAAGCGCUUAGGGUUCCAAAAGGGCGGCUAGCCGAUUGGAAAGGAGAAAAUUGCAGCGAAUGGACCGGAGUUACCUGCGAUUUUCUUUCUGGACGCGUUACUGGGCUGAAUUUGAGCGCAAUGCAGCUUUCAGGCUCGAUUCCAGACAGAAUUUGCAGGCUAGAAAUGCUUCAGACACUGGAUUUAAGCAAAAACAAUAUAAGCGGCGUCAUCCCGUCAUGUGUCGGCGACUUAGCUAAACUAGAAACCCUUUGUCUACAUAGAAACCAGGUCACAGGUUCGAUUCCCACCUCGCUUGGAAGCCUCCGCUUGUUGAGCACUGUUAACCUUCAAGACAAUCGUAUUACGGGACACAUUCCUGCAUGCAUUGGUAAUCUGACAAAUCUCAAGUUUCUGUCUCUUUCCCUUAACGGCAUCAGCGGCGAAAUACCGCCUACCUUCGGAAAACUGCUCAAUCUCACUUUCUGCUACAUGGGCAACAUCAAUCUGCAGGGCGAACUACCUGACUGGAUUGGCAGUCUGGUAAGUCUGCAGCAUUUGCAUCUCCACAACAAUUAUCUAGUUGGAAAAAUCCCUCCGUCAAUCGCAAAGCUCCCAAAUUUGCUACAGCUGGACCUUUCCGGAAAUGCUUUGCAAGGGCCUGUUCCUGACUGGGGGUUUCCGAUUGUUUCAUUGAAGCUGCAUUCAAACAGACUCUCUGGAACCCUCCCAUGCUUUGCUCAGGCUGCAAAAAGCCUGCAAGUUCUAAACCUCUCCAACAAUUCUCUCACUGGUGGUAUUCCAGCCUGUAUUUCUCACUUGUCGAUGCUCACCGAGCUCAAUUUGUCGUGUAAUAGCUUCAACUUGGCUCUACCGCCGACUCUUUUGUUUUCUGAUAAUCUCGUUACUCUGGACUUGCAUUCCAAUCAACUUCCUGGUCGAAUUCCCCAUCGCAUUGCACAGACAUCUGAGUCAAAAGGAAUGGUUCGGCUUGAUCUUUCGUACAAUCGCCUCACAGGCCAUAUUGCUGAGGAAAUCGGUGGCUUGAAGUGGCUGCAGGCUUUGUUUCUGUCACAUAAUGUUUUAACAGGGGAAUUGCCUGAGACAAUCGGUGAUAUGAUGUAUCUACAGGUUAUCGAUUUGUCAUAUAAUAGGUUAUCUGGGUUCCUGCCUGUUUCAUUGGUUCAAUGUUUUCAGCUUCUACAGGUCAAGCUAAGUCACAACAAUAUUUCUGGGGCAAUUCGGCCUGAUUUUGGGGCAUUGGCAACGCUUCAGAUUCUAGACAUAAGUAACAAUCAGUUGUCAGGGGAAAUCCCAUUGCCUUUGGCAGGAUGUUCCAAGUUGGAAGUGGUCGAUUUGAGCUGGAAUAAUUUAGUAGGGCGUUUGCCUGAUGCAGUUUCAAAGUGGGAGAAUCUGCGUGUGCUCAGUUUAGGUCAUAAUCAUUUUCAAGGGCUUCUUCCUGACUGGAUUUUGGGUUUUGAAAGCUUGCAUAUGCUUGAUCUUUCCAGCAACAACUUCUCAGGUUCUCUUCCGCUAGAUGUUCGUCUGCAGGCUGACAAGUCCACAUUUGAGCAGAUGGGGAAUAAAAAAGGGUUACAUUUUGAAAUUGUCACUGCACAAUUGGAAGGCAGCCAAGGCCAACCAAAUUUUGAUUAUUUGCUUCGUGUGACUCCAGGAAUUGAUCUUUCCGACAAUGUACUCUCUGGUACAAUUCCUUCUGAUCUAGAUAGGUUAAAGGGUUUGCAAUAUCUGAACAUUUCAUACAAUCAAUUUACAGGGCUUAUUCCCAGUAGUCUCGGGAACGUUACCUCUUUAGAAUCUCUAGAUCUUUCACACAACAUUCUGUCGGGGCAAAUACCAGCUGAGCUUGGUAAUCUUUCAUUGUUAAUGGACUUCAACUUGUCUUAUAAUGACUUUUCAGGAUCCAUUCCUCAGAUUAAGAAGUUGGCUAGGUUCCAUGAUGCGUUUCUAGGUAAUCCUGGGUUAUGCAAUGAUGCUCUGCCGGAUUGCUCUUCAGGGGGUCCGACGGAGGCAUCUGGUCCAGGGACAAGGCAAAUGGAAGAUGAAGGUUUUUUAUCCUUAUCUGCAUUUGGCAUCAGUGCUUUGAUCAGCUUUUACCUCUCAAUUCUCAGCAUCUUCUCCUUUCAAAGGGCAAGGGAUUACAUUAUUAGACCCUGGAAACCCUUGUGUGCUCCGACGUGAGAUUUGUAUUGGUUAAAUAUUGAUAUAACUUUUAUCACUAGACCCUGCAAACUUGGUUGAAAAUUGAGGAUAUGGCCUCUGAAAAGCUGCUUUUUGGAAACGGAAAGAUGCUUUAUUUUGAUUUUGAGCUGUGAGACUUGGGGUAUAAGCACUAAUAAAUGCUUAUGAGGAAGUCCAUAUGUGCCCCUGUUAGAAGCUAAGCUGCAGAGGGACUCUUAGCCAGAGGAUAUACACAAAUGGUUUGCAGAGUCAGUUAAUACAAUAAACCCAUAAUUGCAGGAGGUAUCCCUCCUGAUUCGCCAAUGGUAUAAGUCCAUUGUAUCACAUCUUGUACCAGUGCAUGAGGGUUUGCCCUACUUGAUUGCUUGAUUUUCAAUCAAGUAAAGAUGCCUAGAUUCUCAUGCUAUCAGUUCCAUCACAAGAACUACAAAGCUCAUUGAGGCUUUAAAGCUUCUUGCCAGUAGUAAUAUUUUGAGAGAUGAAACAUUUAAGGUCAAAUCUGGGAAAAAAACGAUCCUGGAGUUUAAAUUCAGAUACCUAAAUAUUGUCACUAUUGCAGAGUGAAUACAGCAGGUAAAAGGAAAUGUGGAGAGACUCCAUUGCACAUCAUAUCAUGUCCGGUUGCAAGGGACUCAAGCUAUAUUGAUUGCAAUGGGUUCAAUCCGUGCCCACAAUACCCAAUGUUUGAUGGUUCCAUUCAUAAGAUGCUGACAAAUUCUGUACUGCUUGUACACAGUAUUCCUGUUUUUGACAUUCUGGAAUUUCAAAUCCAUAGUUCAGCUCAAGAUAUUGUACUGUCUUUUCAAAUCUUAUCUAUAGGAAUAUGUAGUCAUUUAAGCUUUCACAUCGGCAUAUGAUUUAUUGGGGAUCCAAUCCAAUUACUUUUGAGAGGUAAUUUUGUCUGCCCUUAAUGAGAGCGAGGAAUGCAUUGUAUACAAUCCCUGUAAUUUUUAUUCCGAAAUUAUCUAAUUGUACUUGCAUUUCAUGUUAGAAUGCCUGCCAUGUGAAGAAAGGUUAUCAAACUUAAAAGCU